CCUGUGCUGAUCCAACCUCCUGACCUAGUGAAACGUCACUGUAUAGUGUUCACUGUUGGGAGAGGAAGGCGGACAUUGAAGCUAGCUUGACCUGUCGUCGCUACGAGUCGGUCGAGACCAGCACCCGAAUCCUUGUUCCGCCAGUGCAGCCUCCCCCCCCCCCCAACCCCCUCCGGACAAGAAGUUGACGCCAACGGGGUGCAAAUCGACGACCUUCGUUAGAAAAUGAGGAGGCGAAUAGAGUUUCCGUUCGGUUAUUGGCUGCUUUUCUUAGUAUUUCAUUCGCAUUUGUGUUCGGCGUUCUAUCUUCCGGGUUUAGCUCCAGUUAGUUUUUGCGAGGAGGGCAAAGGUAGCGACGAUUGCCAGACACAGAUACAGCUGUUUGUCAAUCGCCUGGAUUCCGUGGAGUCUGUCCUGCCUUAUGAAUAUGACGUAUUCGACUUUUGCAAGGAUGCCAAAGAAAUGAGGCCUUCGGAAAAUCUCGGACAGGUGUUGUUUGGGGAACGUAUCGAGUCCUCGCCAUACAAGUUCAACUUCAAAGAAGAUGUCAAGUGUAAGGCGGUGUGCACAAAAACGUACAAGAAGGACAGCCAAGAGGACACGGCUCGACUGGAUUUCAUCAAAAUGGGAAUGCAGCUCAACUAUCAGCAUCACUGGAUCAUUGACAACAUGCCAGUCACGUGGUGCUAUGACGUGGAAGAAAAACGGCAAUACUGCAACCCCGGCUUCCCCAUCGGCUGCUUCGUUACUUCAGAUGGCCGACCCAAGGAUGCUUGCGUUAUUAAUGCCGAGUUCCACAAGCAGAAUACAUUUUACGUCUUCAAUCACGUUGACAUAAAGAUCAUUUACCACAAUGGAGAUGAUGACGGCUGGACAGGCGCUCGGCUCGUUGCUGCCAGAGUGGAGCCGAGGAGUAUCAACCACGCAGAUGAGAAGAACCCAAACUGCGAAAGUACCACCCCGAUGGAAGUGCCGAGCCAGUUUAACAAUGACCUGUCGAUCGUUUAUACCUACUCUGUCACAUUUGAGAAAAACAAUACGAUCAAGUGGGCUUCCCGGUGGGACUACAUCCUGGUCUCUAUGCCACACACAAACAUCCAGUGGUUUAGCAUCAUGAACUCCUUAGUCAUCGUGCUCUUCCUGUCUGGGAUGGUGGCCAUGAUCAUGCUGAGAACACUGCACAAGGAUAUCGCCAGAUACAACCAGGUGGACCAGGCAGACUUGAUAAAGCUUCCAUCCACCGUGCUGAAAUCAACUCCCGUUUAUGAAGACGCGCAGGAGGAGUCUGGUUGGAAGCAGGUGCACGGCGAUGUGUUCCGCCCGCCCAGGAAAGGAAUGCUGCUCUCCAUAUUCCUCGGACAGGGCACGCAGAUCUUCAUCAUGACCUUCAUCACACUCUUCCUGGCCUGCCUGGGCUUCCUGUCCCCGGCCAACAGGGGCGCUCUCAUGACAUGCGCCGUGGUCCUCUGGGUCCUGCUGGGCACACCUGCCGGAUACGUGUCGGCACGCCUUUACAAAACUUUCGGAGGAGAAAAGUGGAAGACCAACGUCCUGUUGACGGCGCUCCUGUGUCCGGGUAUUGUGUUUGCUGACUUCUUCCUGAUGAACCUGAUCCUUUGGGUGGAGGGGUCCUCAGCAGCCAUCCCCUUCGGGACCCUUGUGGCAAUCCUGGCUCUGUGGUUUGGAAUUUCUGUGCCGCUUACAUUCAUCGGUGCCUACUUUGGAUUCAAGAAGCCUGCAAUUGAGCAACCGGUGAGAACGAACCAAAUACCUCGUCAAAUUCCCGAGCAGUCAUUUUUCACCAAGCCCAUCCCUGGCAUCGUCAUGGGCGGCAUCCUGCCCUUUGGCUGUAUCUUCAUCCAGCUCUUCUUCAUCCUCAACAGCAUUUGGUCUCAUCAGAUGUACUACAUGUUCGGCUUCCUGUUUCUGGUGUUCAUCAUUCUGCUCAUCACUUGUUCCGAGGCCACCAUUCUGCUGUGCUACUUCCACUUAUGCGCUGAGGACUACCACUGGUGGUGGCGCUCCUUCCUGACCAGCGGCUUCACUGCGGUCUAUCUGUUCAUCUACGCCGUGCACUAUUUCUUCUCCAAGCUGCAGAUCAUCGGUGCGGCCAGCACCUUCCUCUACUUCGGAUACACCAUGAUCAUGGUGCUCAUCUUCUUCCUCUUCACAGGAACCAUCGGCUUCUUUGCGUGCUUCUGGUUUGUAAAUAAGAUCUACAGUGUAGUCAAGGUGGACUAGAAGACGGAAGAGAGAGCGGGAGAGACUGUUGUGGCUGUCCACGCGGUGACGCCACGUUUGAAAGGACCAGAAGUGAAACCGUCAUUCAUCACGACAAGACCCCCAAGGGCCGAGCCCGUCCUUUUUUUUUUCUUUUUUUUUGUGUGUGUGUAUGCUUUAAACCUCUGUCCUUCAAUAAUUUUCAAUCGCGUUCACUCUUGACUUUUAAUAUUUGGAGUGGCACCAUUAUAAAUUAACUUGGGUCCUCGUUGUCAUUGUGAACUUUUUUUUUUUUUUCUCGAGUGGAAUUUAAAAAAAAAAAGGAAAUGCUUCUUUUCAUGGCAUUGUCUUGCAUAGACGUUAUUUUCAUUUUCUGUCCCCUUCCGGCUAAAUGUUUUGGGUCCUUAUUUUUUUUUUUCCCCCCCUCUGUACUGAUGAUUGGAGGAAGAAAAAAACCCUGCUUGUACAUAUAUUGUAUAGACAGAGUGAAGGAACGAAUGCUUACUUUCUGUUGUCAUUUUAGGGCUUUAAAUCCUGAACUAUAUCCGCCUAUACUGUAGUUGAGAGCGCAUAUAAAAAACACUUCCAUUUUUGCUGAUA